AUGCCAGACGUAAAAAAACGACCUUUUUUUGUUAGUCAAACAUCUAUGUCUACGAAUGAAAACUUAAUGGAUGUAACAUCGACUACAAAUGAAAUUCCAAGUCAAUUCUAUUUUGCUUGUCGUAAUAACGACAUUGAAUUAGUACGUCGUUUGCUAGAUGAACAUCCAUUAGAAGAUUUAGAUCAAAUGGAACUUAAUGGCAGCACCGCUUUGCACGCUGCUUGUUAUUAUAAACAUAUUGAUAUUAUUAAAUUAUUACUUGAUAGAGGUUUUACUCGUUGUGUUUUAAAUAAAUAUAAUAAUACACCUUUCGAUGAAGGUCAAACUGAAGAAAUUCAACAAUUAUUUAUACGUCCUAAAACAUCAAAUCGAUUCGGUGGUGGAGAUUUAUCCGAUGAACAAGAAAAAUUGAAAUGGAUUAUUCUUGAUGGAAAUGAACAAAAUACAAUUCAAGAUCGUAUACCAGAUACUUAUCAUGGUAAUCGUUUGGAAUAUGGUAUAUUUCAUGGUGAUAAAAUUCUGCAACAAUUAGGUACUAAUAUGCCUAAAACUGAUGUUAUUCAACGUCUUUUUCAUCGAGCUAUGAAUGAAAAAGAUUGUACACGUUUAAUUCAAGCUUAUACUGCUGAAACAGACUUUUAUAAUCGUAUAAAUAAUUAUUUAAUCUCACAAAAUAAUCAAAAAAAUGUCAUAUCUGAAUUCGUAGAUACAAUUUAUUUUAAUCAUCAAUUGCAUGAAAAAUAUUCAUUUCAAGGAAUAUGUUAUCGUACUAUGAAUAUUACAUCUGAGAAUGAUCUUGAUAUUUAUAAAAUUGAAACAAAAAUUAUGAAUCAAACAUUUAUUUCAGCAACAAAAGAUCGUCACUUUAUUGAACAAUACGCACAUGAACGUAAUAAAAAUAACAAAUAUACAAUUAUUAUUUCAUUUGAAAUUCGUCAUCAUAAAACUGCACUAGAUAUUGAAUAUUUAUCCGAAUUUUCACAUGAAAAAGAAGUAUUAAUUAUGAAUAAUAGUAUAUUUAAAAUAAUACGUAUUUCAACUAAAAAUAAUUUCAAUAUAGAAAUAGAAGUACGUGAAUCAAAAUCAACACGAGUGAAUAAAAAAGACAAACAAAAUGGUAUUUUAGGAAUAUUUCAUUUUAAAUAA